AUGUUGUUCAAGCAGCUUGUUGCCUUUGCCGCCGUUGCCAAUGGCUUGGCCAUCCGCCAGGAUACUCCCAUCUGGCAGACUCUUCCACCAACGCCCAACCUGCCAUCUCCCAUUAACACCAAGACUACUCUCAUCAAUGGAGUUCAACUCUGGAUGCAAAAGUACAACGAGCACGUUGGAGGCAUUCCCAUUGUCAUGGACCACGGUGGUCUAGGCUAUUCUGCCUACUUUGGAUCCGUCAUCUCUCGUCUGGUUGCCAACGGUCACUAUGUCAUCGCUGUUGACCGUCGAGGCCACGGUCGUUCUACAUUCAACACCAACGACGUCUUCACCUACGAUCAAAUGGCUGACGAUAUCCACGACCAACUCGCUGCUGCUGGCGUAUCCAAGUACAAUGUCGUCGGCUGGUCAGACGGUGCUAUAACGACUCUGGCUGCACUCAUCAACCCGACCUCGGCCGCGCCUAUCCACAAGGCCUUCAUCUUCGGAGGAUCUGCCAACCCGGAACAGACGAAUGCCACCUUCUCCGACACUGCCAUCUUCAGCGAGUUUGUCUCUCGCUGCCGUGUUGAGUAUGCCGAGCUUCAGCCAAAUGCAAACUUCAGCGUGUUUGCCAACAAGGUUGGCACCAUGGAGGCCACUCUCCCACAGAUGACAGAUGAGCAGCUUGGCACCAUUGAUGGCAGCAGAGUUAUCAUUGUGGGUGCCGAGCAUGAGGAGGCCGUCAACCGGGAUGUCCCGGAGAAGCUGCACAAGGCGAUCAAGGGCAGCAAACUGGAGAUCUUGCCUGGUGUCAGUCACUUUGCGCCGCUUCAAGAUCCUGACCAGUUUACCAAGGCUGUUGAAAAGUUCUUUGCAUGA